ACACUGCUGCUAACAUUUUUGCAUCGCGCCGCGGACCAAAAAAUGACCAAAAUAAUUGUGUUUGUUUUAUUUUUGGUUGAUUCAUUAAUUAAUUAAUAGCGGUAAAUACGAAAGAGCAGCAGCAAAAGCAACAAACACUGUUUCGCGGCCGUGGCAGUCUCAUACCAAGUGUAAAAAGACAACAAAAGAGUAGAAUAAAAGCAACGGUACAAAAAAUAAGGAGCGGAGCAGCAGCAGCAGUGAAGAAAGAGAAGCAUCAGGCAGUCACACGACGGCGACGAUCAGCAGAGAGCAGCGCAACAGGAACCACCUCAACCUCUCUGUCACUUAACCUCUCUCUCUCUCUCUCUCUCUCUCUCUCUCUUGUGCACUCCAUUUCCCGCUGCCCAGUAUGCACCAUCGAAACGGUUGAAGAUGGCCACCUAAAAUAAAGGUACAGCCACAGUUGCUCGUAGUUUGCUUCAAAGAAAGAUCCUACUAAACUAUUGAGGAUCGAUCCAUGGGAUAAGAAAAUGAAAGCAAAUAUUUUAAUAUCCAGCGCUACGAUGGGCCUCGUGGCGCCCAGCCGCCGUUUCUAUGCAACGCAUCUCAGACGCUAAAAGCCAAAGAGGAAGGAAGGAGGAAGGAGAAUCAUAAUAGAAACCGCCAGUCGCAGCGGUGGGCCUGGACCAGGGCCAGGGCCAAUAUCCCCCUUCCAAACGCCACCCGUCCCCACCCACAAAUGAGGAGGGUUGGCAACGACGGGCCAACAACAGGUUGAGGAGCAGCGCCUAAGCAAAAGCACCAAACAAAUCAAAAGCAAAUGCCAGAGCAAAAGCAAAAGCAACAGAAAGAAGCAGACAAAUAAAGCAGAGAAAACCACCAAAACCGCAGAAGCAGCAAGCAGAGGCUAGCGAAAGAGAGCGGCAGACCGACCGGGCAGGCGUGAGAGUAAAAGAAGGAGAGAGUAAUCCAAUCAAAAAACCAAACACAAACGCUGCAGCAGCAGCAGCAGAAGCAAAAUGUUACAAAACUCGAACGCAGCUGCAGCGACUGUGGCGCAGGCUGCAUCGGCCGUGGCCACACCAUCGAAUGCAGCAGCAGCGGCAGCGGCUAAUAAUGCCGCAAUUGCCGCCUCAUCCAUACAGCCGAAGCUGAUUGUCAUACGAAGGCGUCCGAAUCAGGGCUUCGGCUUUACGCUGCGUCACUUUAUUGCCUAUCCACCGGAAGAUGAUGCCAACGCAGCAGCGGCAGCGUCAGCGUCAGCCGGCGUCACCAGCUGGUCACAGGAAGCAUCCACUGGAGGUGGCAGCAACAGCAACAACAGACACAGCCACAGCGGCAGCAGCAGCAGCAAUAGCAACAGCAACAACAGCGCUGCCGGAAUGGAGCCACCAACAUCACCGACGUCGCUGCCGCCAUACCAGGUGAAAGCGAUGGAGACCAUUUUCAUCAAAGAGGUACAGGCGAACGGACCGGCCCACUAUGCGAACCUCCAGACGGGCGACCGUGUGCUGAUGGUCAACAAUCAGCCGAUAGCUGGCAUUGCCUACAGCACCAUCGUUUCGAUGAUCAAGCAAACGCCGGCGGUGCUCACGCUGCACGUUGUACCCAAGGAAUGCGAUGUGCUACAAAUGCACUAUACAAGCAUUGCCCAUACGCCGGAAUCGAAUCGGUUGACAAUGUCAACGCACUCGCCAUCGCACGGGCAUGGGCUGGGGCAUACGCUGCUGGCCAAUGGAACAACCAAUGCCACCACCGCCUCCACAAUCCACAAAUCCACAUUUCCACAGCAGCAGCAACAACAACAACAACAGCAGCAGCAGCAACAGUUGAUCUCAUAUCCCGCUGUGGCUGCCACAUCAUCGCCGGCAUCAUCGCCGCACCAGCAUCAGCAUACGCACACGUAUCCGCAUCCUGUUCAAUCACAUCCUUCACAUGGACAUGCACCGUCCCUUCAUGGUGGUAGCCGAUCUGGUAGCAUAACCAGCACCACCAGCGGAGGUGUCGUCUCCUCCAUGAGUCAUCAUCAUCAACAGCAGCAUCAUCGUCAUCCGGCGCUCAGUGGCGGCAGCAGUAGCAUUGAUUUCGGAGAUAUGGCCCUUGGCCUGCGUCAGCAUCCGCACCAGCACCAGCAUCUCUAUCAGCAGCAGCAACAGCAGCAGCUCCAUCAUCAUCAUCAGCAGCAGCAGUUGCUCUCCACUGGCGGCGGCAGCAGUGGCGCUUUCAUGCGUGCCAAUCAGCCGCCGAAUCUUACAGUAUUAUCAGGAACAGGCACGUUCACGGCCAUCUCCUCCAGCCCCACGACCAUUGCACGCCACUCAAAGUCCGGCAGCGCCCUAAGUCAGGCCCUGUAUGUUAGCCAUGCCGCCUCAGGCUCUGGUGGUGGCAACGGUGGUGCAGUUGCCAGCGGCGGCAGCGAAAACAGUGACCUGAUGAUCCGGCUGCGUGAGUCCAUCAAGCAGAAGGAGGAAUUUCUCAAGUCGCCGGUGCCCAACACCAUUAGCUCUAGCUCCUCCUCCUCCACCACCACACCUGGGACCAAUGGGAAUCAGGCGCAAUCGUCGCCGGCUCAACAGCAGCAGCAGCAGCAGCAGCAAACGCCACAACAGCAGCAGCAGCAGCACCAUCAGCAUUUCUUUCCCUCGCACACUCCGCCAGGAGUGACAGCAGGUGCUCCAAUUGUCCCACCGCCUCGCGGUCGCCAUCAGGUGCUCAUGAAGCAGCAGCAACAGCAACAGCAGGGCAGCUUCGACAUGUACUAUGCAGGCGGCAAACUAGUGCAACGUUCCUCGACGGUGCCCAUACAAGCAUCGUCCAGCUCAUCCACACAUUAUCAUCACAUUACCCAGCUACAGAAUCAUCCACAGUAUCAGCAGCAACAGCAGCACCACCCACAACAGCAACAGCAGCAGCAGCAGCAGCAGCAGCAGCAGCAGAGACAGGUGCAGAUGAUCAAUAAUAAUGCCAAGUAUUCAAAGGAUUUGGAUUACUUUGAGACACUCCAAGAGACCGGAGUGACCAAUAAAGUCUUUGAACGCAAACUAGUGUCCCAUAUGUCCAUGGGUUUUGAUCCUUUUAAGCCGCUGUCGAUCAAUACCAGCGCCUUGGAGGCGGCAUCGGCAUCCACAAGUGCAGCAGCAGCAGCCGCGGCCGCUUCGACUGUGAAAAAGCAGAGUGUCCUAUACGAGUCAUUGCAGCAGCAUCCGCUGGCCAAGUACCAGCAUCAGCAGCAACAAAGCACCAAUACUGUGGAUGGACAGACGAGCAGUCGCAUGGAGCUGCAUAAGGCAACGCUGGCUAAUGCCACCAUUGAUGCCGCCACACCGUUGGUGGUUAACAAGUUUAGCGCAAUGUCGGAGCAACAGCAAGCAGGAGCCGCCUUGGCAGAUAUUUCCGAGAGCAGCAGCGCAGCAGCUGCUACUGCUGUUGGCAGCUCAAGUGCUGGUGUGAUAAGGCGCUAUAAGCCGUUGUCCUCGAGCUCCUUCGACGAGGGCAAGCCAAUGCGUCGGAUCUCCUAUUUGAGGGCCACCAAUAACGAGACCGAAUUCAAUCCUGAUGCAGCAGCCACAGGAGAUGCAGCAACAGCAUCAGCAGGAGCAGGAACAGGAACAGGAACAGGAGCAGUAGCAAAUGUAGCCCCAGUUUCCACACCAAUUCCAGUUGCAAUACCCCUUGUGGAGCCACAAAAGACCAAAUCAUUGGUUGAGGAACAUCCCGAUCCCACCUACGAUGUCAUUGGCGGCAACACUGGCGGCGGUCACGAGUUCAUUGAGACACCAAAUGGCCUAGAGGAUGUGCGUCUAUCGGCUCAUGGCAGCAGUCGCAGGGCCUCCAUGAGCAGCGAUAUGCGUAGCAGCAUCCACAUUGAUGCCGAGCUGAAUGGCAAGUAUGUGCCCAAUGAACUGGAGGCAUUUGAAACGGAUAUUGAAAUUAAAUCCUCCUGCAUCAAUGGCAAGCGCAUGUCCGAGUAUCGUUCGUGGCGUCAGGUGAAGCUGGAGAUCAAGGGCGAUCUGCUGCGCAUCUACUCGGGUCGUCAUGCCAAGUCGGAGCACAAUGUGAUAGAACUUGAUAUUAGAAACUUUAAGUUCUUCGACGAGUCGCUGGAUAAGAAAAAGUACUUGAUACGCAUGCAAUCGAAGCCAUCGCCGAGCGGUGCCCAUUUGGCGAGCCUUGGGAAUGAGCUCAAUCUGGAUGAUGUGCAUGACAAGUUGACCUCAUCGGGCAGCAGCAGCGCCAAUGAACCAAUGGCAGCAUCCUGCAGCAGCAGCAGCGGCACUGCCACUAGCACCGGCGGUGGUCCCUACACGGAGAUACUCUUCAAGACAAAGAACAGCAACGAGAUGAAGCGACUGUUUGGGUUGCUACAGUGGAAGGAUAGCCUCAACUAUGACGAUAAUGAUCAACCGCAGCAGGGCAAACAAUUGGCAGAGCCACAAAAGACGGUGGCCACAGCCAGCCACUAUCUGGAUGAUGUGACUGGUGGCGCUGGCGUGGAUAACUCGCCGUUGAGCUCACAUUCGGGUGGCGGUGGCAUGGCGGAGGGGCAUCAUCAUGUGGCUGCGUUGCCUGCUGCGGCGGCAAUUGUGGCCGCCACCAGUGACUCCAUAUCGCCGGUGAUGAAGGCCCGCAAAUCGUCCUCCCACAAGCAUUUGCCCGAUAAGGAUUUGGGUUCUCCAAAGUCAAAGAACUGGAAGGAUUUACUCUUCCGUCGAGGCGGUGGCAGUGGCGGUGUCUCCCAUCAUCACACAGAUCUGGCAUCGCCGUCGUCGUGUGCCGUCAAGACGUGCGGCUCUAUUGGGGUGCCGCUGCGCAGUUGUCCGAUGUCCAAGCUGAAUCCAUAUGUCCCCCAUCUCGUGGAGGUGUGCACCAACAUUGUGGAGACCAAGGGGCUGAGUGUGGUGGGUAUCUAUCGGAUACCCGGCAAUAAGGCGGCCAUUUCAGAACUCUCGGAGCUGGUGAACACCAAGGACUUUCAGUUCGAGAGCUGUGCCAUCGAUGUGCGUUGGGAGGACGUUAAUGUGGUGAGCAGUCUGCUUAAGCUCUUCAUACGCAGCCUGCCCGACGCCCUCAUGCCGGCCAGCUACUACAUCAACUUCAUUGAGGCCGACAAGAAGCUCGGCCUGGAGCGGAUCGUACUGCUGCGGGAGAUUGUCGAAUCGCUGCCACGCCAUCCAUACGAGACGAUGAAGCAUCUGAUUCGCCAUCUGUGUCGCGUCAGUGACAAUUGUGAGGUAAACCGCAUGGAGCCAAAGAAUCUGGCCAUCAUAUUUGGUCCCUCGAUCAUACGCACGCCCAACGACACACUCGAGACGGCCGUUAAGGAUAUGAAGCAUCAGUGCCGCAUCGUUGAGCUGCUCGUUACACAGUAUGAAUACUACUUUGAGGGCGGCAAUCUGCCGGAUUUGGCUGAUGUUAGUGGUGGUACGGCCAUGGCCAGUGCUGCCCAGCCGCAGCAUCAGACGCAGGAGGAUCAGACGAGCAUGCUGCUGCAUAAUCUGUCGAAAAUUGAGAGGAUCACAGAGCGUGAGACGCGCACCUCACGGUUCAUUCCACAGCUGCGUCGGCGCACCCAUGGCAAGCGGAGUGCCGUCAAUUCGGAUACAUAUUCGGGGGAGAGUGUUCUGUCGCUGGACUACACCAAGGUAUCGGCCAGCAGCACCAGCAGCAGCUCCACGCUGCACAGCAGCAGCAAGACCACCACCAACACAGUCUCCUCCUCCUCCACCACCAGUCAGAGCCAGAGUCAGAGUCACAGCCACAGCACAAAGUUUAGCUCUGGCGGCGCCUCAAGCUCGAGCUCCUCGACAACCGCCGCCACCAUAAAGGCAGCAGCGGCGUCCAAGGCAUCAUCCGCAGCCUCCUUGAUAGGCACCAAGAAGCGCAGCACAAUGGGCGGCGGUGUGGGGUUCCUCGGCGGUGUCUCUCGCUCGCAGACGCGCAAAGCGAGUCUGGACGAGAAGGACUCUGGAACGAGCGUGGACUCUGCCAGCAGUCUGGCCUUGAGCCUCGGCCUGGGUCUGGGCCUAGGCCUGGGACAUGGCAAAGAUCAGCAGCAGCAUCAGCAGCAGCAGCAGCGGAGCAGCGUGGACAUAUCCAUACUCCUCACCGACGACGACUCGAGCAGCAGGCUGAGCGACACAGGUUCCAUGUCCCUCACCACCAUCACGGAUACGCUGGACAGCAAGCUGCGGAAUCUACGGAGCGGCUCAGAGUCGAAUGACGAGAAUGGAUCACCGGAAUUCCCCAAGAAUCGCCGGCACACACUCGGCCAGCCGCUGCAUCUGCACUCUGAGAACAUUCCCUAUGCGGAUGAGUCGCCCGAGCGACUCUUCCAUCAGUUCUGUCCCCUGGAUGCACCCCAUUCGCUGCACCUGAGCCGCUCCUGCACGGCCACCAAUACGCUGGGCGCCGAGGAGAAGCCCACGACCAUGAAGCAAGCCAUGGCUAUGGCUGGAGUGGCACCCCUGCCGCCCAGCCUACUGAAGGCAGCGCACAAGCUGCAGCACUCAGCCACGGUGCCCAUACACCAGAUACAGAUACAUCCGGGCAGCGCUACGGCACCGGCCAGCGGAGCUGCAACGCCCACCAGCGCCAGCACAGGUGGAGGAUCCACCCCAGUGGCGGGCACACCCACCAACAGUGCUGGAGGUGUCGUAACCCAGCGCAUUUCGGGAGGAGGAGCCCAAGGGAACCCAAGUGGCGGCAAAAAUAUGCAUCUGAGAUUCAGCACAUCGCAGGCGUACGAGCGACAUCAUGGCGCCGGUGCUGGUGGCGGUGGUGGUGCUGCAUCCGAGGACGACGAUUCGGAGGGCUCAACCACGAGCGAUCCCAAGGAGAAGCUGCUGCUGGCAGGCGAACGACCAUCGCCGUCGUUUUUUCUCGAGCGAUACAACAAGAAGCGUCGGGACCAUCGGCUCUUUCGCAGUGCCAGCUUCAAUUGUCGCAACUAUUCGACGCGACACAUGAGCAGCAGCAGCUCCACGGCGGCCGGAGCGGCCACAGCGACUGUGGCAACGGUGGCCGCCUGCUGUCAGUCACCAUCAUCGGCCCUGGCCACGGGCCUGACCAAGGACGAAAAGACUGACAUGAAUCUGACCAAGAAGCGUCAGAUCCAGAAUAAGCAAAAUCGAUCCAUUAAGCGCCGCCACACCGUGGGCGGCCCGCACGACUACUCGGCCAAUGGGGGCUGCAGCACACACGGACAUGGCCAUGGUCAAGCUCUAGGCCAAGGCGGUGGUCAUGGUGGCCACGAUCUGGCCGCCAUUAACUACAACCAUCACAACCGGCAUCAUCAGCAGCAGCUGCUCAAGGGAUCGGUUGUGGUUGUCGGCGUUGGCGGGAAUGUAGCUGCGGCUGCGGAGACCACAACCACAACGACAACCACCACCACGGUGCUGCGUCGCCUGGGUUCGGGCACGGCAUUGGGAUCGGUUUCGAGUGCGGGUGCGGGUACAGGUACGGGCGGUGUUACCAGCGAUCUGAAUGUGCAAUUGCCCGGCGGCACUGUUUCGAGUUCUAGCUCCAGUAACAGCGGCAGCGGUGGCUCCUCAAACAGCAGCACCAACAACAACAAUUCGCCACAAAGCGAUGGCAGCAAUGGUAAUGCAGGAGUAGCAGGAGUAGGUGCUGGUGCUGGUGCUGGUGGUGCUUCGAAUGCCCCACCAUCUUCCGGUAGCAGCAGCAAUAGCAGCACACCCACCAAUGUGGUGGCUGGCUCUGCUGCAGGCGGAGGUGAUCAAGUCCUGGAGGUGGGCAUACGCAUUAAGAAUAUCAAUCGCGGACGCUACUAGAGCGGCGAAUAUGUGAGGAGAUGAUUUGGAGCUUACAGCAGCAGCAAACAACAGUUAAAUUAGUAUUACAUAAUGGUUUAUAUACAUAUAUGUAGAGAGAAGUAUACAUAUAUGUAUGUUGUAUGUAUAUGUGUCUAUGUCUAUGUCUAUGCAGGGAUCGAUGGGGAGUUGUGUCCGUGAGUGGAGGUUUCGAAGCAUAUUGGGGGGUACGACAUACGCACACAGAUAACACAGAUAACGAGAAUACAAAGAGGAAAGCCGAUACUACAAAUAAAUGUGUGCAAAGGAGUCCUUGCCAUUUAGAUCUUAGAUCUUUUUGGACACUCUAUAUGGGAGGAUGAGAGCGAGGCAGUAGCCAGAGAGAGAGAGAGAGAGCGACACAACUCCCAAAACGAAUGCAAACAAAACAAAAACAAAAACAAAAACCACAAAAGAAAUCCUAGAUAACAAAUGUUUCAGGAGAAUCGACUAUAUUUAUUCGCACACUCAAACACACAAAAAACAAAAGAAAAAAAAAA